AUGGUGCUCUUAGUGAAACCAUAUCAAGCAAGUGAACUGGGAUCCAUCUUACUAAGUUACGACACGCGCUCUGGCGUCUACUCUCGGCCGAAGGAAUGGGCUGACCCACUUAUACUGGGCGAGAGAGCACACUUCAGCAUGAGUACCCUCCCGGCAGCCCUUGUGCUCAACCAGACCCGACGCUCCGACCAGGCUGUAUAUCGCUGCAGGGUCGACUAUAAGCGUCGUACCACUACUCACGCCAGAAUCAACCUCACUGUCAUAGAGCCGGUAGAGAGUGUGAGGAUAGUGGACGAGAGUGGAAUAGAGGUGGUAGGUGUGGCAGGGCCCUACACAGUGGGUGAGAGACCUUCCCUCACUUGCCAAGUGCUUGGAGGAGACCCACCACCCACUGUCACCUGGUGGAAGAACGGACACCACCUGGAUAGUCCCAACCAGGCGUCACCCAAUGAAGCGCAUGUCACCUCCGCCAUCUCUACGAGAGUGGGCGAUGAACCUGGGAGUGUAGCAGUGAACACGAUACACCUGCGGGCACUGAAGAAGGAAGAUCUCCGCUCUACCUACACCUGCAAGGCAGACAACCACGAAUUAGCACCUACAAAAGAGGCAGCGGUAGAGCUCGAUAUGAACUAUGGACCUGAGCGUGUGGAGGUGCGAGGUCUAGAUGGUCCGGUCUCAGCAGGACGCCAGUAUCAAGUGGUCUGCGAGGCCAAGGGAAGCAGACCCCCGGCAACACUUACGUGGUGGCUCAACGGACAUAUGAAAAAGGGGGUGUCCCAAAUGACCUCACGUGAUGUCAACGAUCCAUGGACGUCAAGUACCCUGGAACUGGUCGUAAGCCCUCAGGAUGAAGGCAGCAAACUGGUGUGUCGGGCAGAAAAUCUUGAAUUGCCUGCAAAAACGAUGGAGUCAACACACCAACUUCAAGUUCUAUACUCCCCUGAGGUUCAGGUAGCGGCAGGAUCUUCCCUCGACCUAAACAACAUCAAGGAAGGUGAUGAUGUCUACUUCGACUGCCACAUCAAGGCCAGGCCUGAUGCACUUAAAAUCAGCUGGAGUUUCAACGGUGUGGAAAUGCAUCAGAACGUGAGUGCUGGGGUGAUGGUGGUGGGUCGUUCACUGGUGCUGCAGAAGGUCUCCAGGAAGCAGGCAGGCAACUACACAUGUGCUGCCACAAACACCCAGGGUGCCAACACCUCCUCGCCCAUACUGCUCUCCGUCAAGUGUGAGUCUAUGGUUGAGAAUCAGCCGUCAAGCACCGAGCCUCGCACCCCUCGCCCAACUCUAGACCGAGCCUCGCACACUCGCCCAACUCUAGACCGAGCCUCGCACACUCGCCCAACUCUAGACCGAGCCUCGCACACUCGCCCAACUCUAGACCGAGCCUCGCACACUCGCCCAACUCUAGACCGAGCCUCGCACACUCGCCCAACUCUAGACCGAGCCUCGCACACUCGCCCAACUCUAGACCGAGCCUCGCACACUCGCCCAACUCUAGACCGAGCCUCGCACACUCGCCCAACUCUAGACCGAGCCUCGCACACUCGCCCAACUCUAGACCGAGCCUCGCACACUCGCCCAACUCUAGACCGAGCCUCGCACACUCGCCCAACUCUAGACCGAGCCUCGCACACUCGCCCAACUCUAGACCGAGCCUCGCAAAACUCGCCCAACACUAGACCGAGCCUCGCACACCCCGCCCAACUCUAG